UGGGCUUUGAACUGGCAGAACCAGUCGGAAGACAAGCCCUUUGGGCUUUGAACUGGCAAAACCAAUCACGGUCAUGGCGAAAGAGUCGGUGACUAACAUUGAGGAAUUUUUUCAGUGCCGCCUCUGCAGUAGGCCAGCAACAAAUCCAAAGCUCCUGCCGUGUCUUCAUACCUUCUGUGCAGGUUGCCUGGAGCGUGAUUGCAAGAAGGAUUAUGUCAAAUGUCCCACCUGUGAAAUGGCGACUCAUUCAAGUGUCUCCUCCCUGCAGGACAAUAUAUUGGUGUCAAACAUACAGAAUAGCAUGAAAAAGCAGCAGCAGAUCUUGGCCAAUGUGGGGCUGCACUGUGCCUCCUGUGAGGGGGACACUCUGGCGGAGUACAUGUGCCCGGAGUGUGACAAGCUUCUGUGCAGCAAGUGUCUGCAGGUCCACCAGGUGCUGGUGGCAGAUCACACGAAGCACGUGCAAACCUUGGGAACCUUGAGAAAGCUGAACUCAGAUGAAUUCUUGAAUAUUCUGAGAAGAUCAAAGGCCAUCCCCUGCAGUACUCAUGAAGAUCAGCUGAUUAAUCUGUUCUGCAGGACCUGCUCAACAUGGCUCUGUGUCUUGUGCGUGCUCCUGGAACACAAGGACCACAACUGCAUAACUGUGCGAAAGCAGAUCACCUUCCAGAAGAGCGAACUGCGUGAGACACUGACUGACAUCCAGGCGAGCCAGUUGAAGUUUGAGGAAUCCCAGACUGAACUGGAACAGCUGGUGGACAAACUGAACAAGGACAAGUACAAGCUGGAGGAUCUGAUCAGAGCCCGGGUUGCUGCUGCCCUGGAGAAGGUGAAGGAGGAGGAGCACAGGCUGCUCCGCGAGCUGCAGGAGCUUCACUCAUCCAAAACCCAGAAGCUCCAGGAGUGCCUGACCAGCACGGAGAACGUGCUGAAGAGAAUGGCAGCGAGCAGAGACAUGGUGUCCCAGCUGCUACGUUAUGCCACGGAAGAGGAAAUCCUGAGGCUGCAGGGGAUGGUCAAGUUGGCUCUGAACCAGCUGCAGGAGAAAAAGCCAAUGGAUGUGCAGGUGGAAAACAGCAUUAUUGACUUUAAGGAGUGCUGCAUCCUUCCAGAGAAAAUGCUAGGCAAUUUGAUCAUUACAAGAAUGAUGCCUGGGUCUGCUUCGAAAGAGAAUUUCAAGUCAUUGGGAUGUGAUGUUGCUGCUCCAUGUAAUAAGGAAGUGGGCGAGACAUCGCAGUGCAAUUUCAACAAAAGGAAAUGUCUUGAGGCCAAGGAAACACAAGUCUUCAAAAAGCCAUGCCUGAAGGAGGAACCAAGCAACAAGAUGGAGGCACUUUCCACUGCUGGCCCCAGUGGCACUGUACAGAGCCCCAGUCCCUGCACACAGAGAGUGAUUUCUAUUGUUGACACUGACGUACAGGAACAGACAAACAUGUUUCAGGACGCAGUGGAGAUGAUACAGAUAGAUUCUGAAGAUUCCAACUGAGAUUUGGCUGGAGAUAAAGGUCUGAAUUGGAACGGAAGGGCCCAGCAGCAGCACUGAUACACAGACUGUGGUGAUUAAUAUCUUUGUGGGCCGAAGGGCCUGUAUUGUGCUGUAUGUUUCUAUGUUUCUGUGUCUACCCUGUGCCUUGUGAACUAUUCCCAGAAACUUCAGCUGUCUCUGCUCUGCCUUCAUCCCCAUGAUAUCUGAAACUCAUUGUGAGGGGCUGAUGGAGUCAGACAUAACCGUUCUUGCAGAUGCAUUUUUUUCAGGCACUUAAAAAUGCAAAGCAUAGAUGGAUAUGGUUCAAAUCCUGGCAAAUGGGAUCAGUGUAGAUGGACCAGCAUAGACGUGAUGUGCUGAUGGGCAAGAGAUUUCAAAAAAAUUACCAUUAUUAUUUUUGAAAAGAAUCGAAUAGAAUAUAAAAAACAGUAACUACUUAGACUGAAUCAUGCCAAAUUUAGUAAUCUACUUACUAUGUUGAUAAACUGAUUGGUUUACAGCCGAACUUUGUUUUAAGAGAGUGGAUAUUUAAUAUGAAAGAGAAAUUACACAGUGCCAAGUGAUACAUUUAAAGACUGCAAUAAAAUAUGCUAAUCUCAUUUCUCUCUAUGUCAAUCUAGUUGAUCCCUGAAUUUCUUAUUGUUGACAAAAUUAAAGACAGUCGAUGUUGGCAAUCUGGAAUAAAACAGUAGAACACUUCAAAACAAUGUGUUUCAGAGACAGCGAAGGAGAAGCGAAAGAUUAAAUAAAAAUUCCUUCUUGCAGAUGACUGCAGCUUGAAACGGCAAGAAUCCCAGCAGCACUGGGUGACUUGGACUGUAAUCGGGGACAGUGACUCAAGGGCAAGGAGGGAAGGGUUAGCCAGAAUCAUUAUCUGCACAUCUAUCCAAAAACUACACUGGAUACGUUUUCAACGAGGCACAGCAGUCCACAAUAAAAUACUGUACCUGCUGGCCUACUGGUUAGAAAUACACUCCACUGCAUGUUCGCUGAAGAACACAAUGAGAACUUUAGCAUACACACAAUCUGUGAUGUACUAAGCCUGAGAAAGAGUGGCUGGUGAAAUGCAUAUUGUCAAUGUGAUCCUUAAUUGCCACCUGAAUAGAGUUACCAGCUCUGUCGAUGCAGAGGGCAGUUAAGAAUCACUAACGUUGGGGGGGGGGGGGUGCGGCUGCAGUUGGGUCCAGGCCAAACACAAGAGAUGCCUCAGUACCACACACAGAAUGCUGGAGGAACUCAGCAGGUCAGGAAGCAUCUACGGAGAGGAAUAAACAGAUGACAUUUCAGGCUGAGACCCUUCAUCAGGAUUACAUGGACUUUAUAUAUAAAUAAAAUGAGACUGUGGAUGCAGGCCAAAGCAAGUAAAGCAGAGGAUUCCGUCUGAAAGCUAUUAGAACAAUUUUAGAGUUUAGCACAUUUACAUUUAGCAAAUUACUUCUCAGUCCCAAUCUUUGAAUGUAAGUUGUAGAUUUAAUUUAAAUGAAUAAUCGGUUCUUAAAAGCGGUGGGUCACAGACCAGACAAUGCUGAUUUAAAUUCAUUGCUUUGUGUGGUGUAGGUGUGAAGUUUUAAGUGUAGUUGCAGAGAAAGCUUUGUGAGUAUGAAAUGGUCCUUUGAUGUUUAACACAUAAAAUGUGUGUAGUGCUGGGCAUAAGCAGAUGUUUCCACCCAAUGAUGCCUGCUGUAUCUUGUUUUGUUGAAUAAAGAAGCUGCUUCAUAUCUACCAGUACUUUUCUCCAGUGACU